CGUGUCCACCUUGCAGGCCAUGGAGCUGCUGCACGAUGUAGUGGAGGACGUGAAAACCCUCAAAGAAGCCCAGGAAAAGGCGCAGGAGCUCCCGGAGUCGAGCCUUGCGAAAGCCCUCCAACGGAUUGAUGUACUAGAGAAGAUAGUCAGAGAACGGGAUGAAUUCCUGGACCUAGUGAGCCGGAAGAUGAGUUUGAUGCCUGUUGGAGAAGAAGUCACCAUGGUCACCUGGGAGGAGCUGGAGCAAGCGAUUACGGAUGGCUGGAAGGCCUCACAAGGGAGCUCAGAGACAACAACAGGACUCCCUAAACGCAAAGGGCGCACUUCCGUAACAUCAAAUGAUAUACUUCAAGGUGGAGUCCCCAUCAAGCGCUCAAGUGCUGACCCAGCUCUGGAUUUUCCCAGUGGUUAUGGCUCAGAUCAGACCUUAUCAGGAGUCAGUGGCAUAGGAAAGCCCUCUGAAGGGGUUACCAGGGAACGAAGCAGAGGUGUCUCUGCUACUACAGUCCCGGGUAGAGAACAGCACCCAAGGGCCCGUGAUGAAGGUGGCCUGGCAAAGUCCCAUCACCCGCCUAUGUCCCAAUUCAGAGUAGAAUCAGAUCGUCGCAGGACAAGAGAGCUGCCGCCGCAUAGCUUAACCCAUCUAAGAAAAGAUGAACAAGAGGCACACCCUGGUCCAGUUCAACAGGACUUACCUGCAGCCACUGUGGCCAGAGAUCAACAUCAUCAAGUAUCCCCAGAUCAGCAUAGGGGGGUGUAUCCAAGCCAGGGUCAAAUCUAUCCCAGGCUAGUUCAGCAUGGAUUAAGACCACUUGGCACGGAUCCGCUUGCAUGGCACCGUCCUAGCACUUGCCCACACGGUGUGGUACCCCUCAGCAUGGGUCAGUUUGGUAUGAUGCCAUCUGGAAUGGAUGAGCAGGGCUUGGUACCACCUGGCAUGGGUCAGUAUGACAUGGUGCCACCAUUGGUACCGGGCACAAAACAGCAAGGAGUGGAACUACCUAGUACAGCUCAGCCUGGUAUGGUUCCAUGUAGCACAUAUCAGUAUGGCAUGGUACUUCCUGGCACAGACCAACAGCCUGGUGUCGAUCAGCAUGGAUUUGUACCCUUUAGUAUAGAUCAGCAUGGAUUUUUAAUAUCUGGCAUGGAUCAACAAGGAUUAGUACUGCCUGGCAUGGAUCAACAUGGAUUGGUUCCACAUCUUACAGAUCAACAUGGUUUGGUAUCCCCUGGUUUGAUGCAAGUUGCUGCAGAUCAGCAAGGUUUUAUACAGCCCAGCCUGGAAACAUCUGGGUUCAUUCAACCUAGUACAGAGGAGCAUGAUAUAAUCCAGCCUGGGGCAGAUCAACGCAGUUUGGUACCAACUGGUACAGAUCAGGCUGCUUUGGCCCAACCUGGUGCAGGUCAGCGUGGUUUAGUGCAGCCUGGUGCAGAUCAGCGUGGUUUGGUCCAGCCUGGUGCAGGUCAGCGUGGUUUGAUGCAGCCUAGUGCAGGUCAGCGUGGUUUAGUGCAGCCUGGUGCAGGUCAGCGUGGUUUGGUUCAGCCUGGUGCAGAUCGGCGUGGUUUGGUGCAGCCUGUUGUAGAUCAAAGUGGUUUGAUCCAGCCUGGUGCUUACCUACCUGAUUGGGUACAACCUGGUGCAUAUCCAUCUGAUUUGGUACAGACUAAUGUAUAUCCAUCUGUUUUGGUACAGCCUAGUGCAGGUCAGCCUGGUUUGAUACAAUCUGGAAUGGGUCAGCAAGAUUCAGCCCAACUUAGAAUGGAUCAGUAUGCUUUGGUGCAGCCUGAAAUGGAUCAACAUGGUUUGGUCCAAGUUGGAAUGGAUCAGCAUGGUUUAUUCCAACCUGGCACAGGUCAACCUGGUUUAGUGCAGCCUGGUGCAGGUCAGCGUGGUUUGGUCCAACCUAUUACAGGUCCGCGUGAUUUGGCCGAACCUGGAGUAGCUCAGCAUGAUCAGGUCCAACUUGGAAUGGAUCAGCAUGGUUUGGUGCAACCUGGUGCAGGUCAGCCUGGUUUGGCACAGCCUGGAAUGGAUCAGCGUGGUUUGGUCCAGCCUGGAAUGGAUCAACGUGGUUCGGGCCAACGUGGUGCAGCUCAACCUGGUUUGGUCCAACCUGGUGCAGGUCAGCCUGGUUUGGUUCUAUCUUCUACAGGUCAGCCUGGUUUGGUUCUAUCUUCUACAGGUCAGCCUGGUUUGGUGCAGCCUGGAAUGGAUCAUCGUGGCUUGGGUCAACGUGUUGUAGCCCAGCCUGGUUUGGCCCAACCUGGUGCAGGUCAGCGUGGUUUGGCCCAACCUAGAAUGGACCAGCGUGGGUUGGUACAACCUGAUGCAGGUCAGCCUGGUUUGUUUCAGCCUGGCAUAGGUCAGUCUGCUUUUGUCCAACCUGGUGCAGAUCAGCGUGGUUUGGGGCAAGUAGAUCAGCGUGGUUUGAUACAAGCUGGCACAGAUCCACAUGGCUUUUUUCAACCUGGUGCAUAUCCUCCUGGUUUGGUACAGCCUGGUGCAUAUCUGCCUGGGUUAGUACAGCCUGGUGCCUAUCCACGUGGUUUGGUCCAACCUGGUGCCUAUCCACAAGGUUUGGUGCAAUCUAGUGCCUAUCCACGUGGUUCGGUUCCACCUGGUGCCUAUCCUCGAGGUUUGGUCCAGCCUGGUACAUAUCCAGAAGGUUUCCUGCAGCCUAGUACUGAUCAGCGUGGUUUGGUUCAACAUGGAAUAGAUCAGCAUGGCUUGAGGCAACCUGGUACAGAAGGAGGCUUGAUACCACCAGGCACAGAGCUUCGUGGCCUUCCAACAUUCCACCCUGAGUUUCCAAAAUUUUUCUCACAUCCCUAUCAGCAUGGUGUAAUACCUCCUGGCAGCUAUCAACAUGAUCAGGUGUCACCACUCCUAGCCAAUCAAGGUUUGGCAUCACCAGGUAUUGGCCAAGAGGGUUUAUCAGAAACUUACCAGCAAGGUUUGUUACAUCGUGGCACAGACCAGCAUGGCCUAACACCAUUAAGCACCCGUGUGGGAUCUGUACAGCGAGAUCGACAGCAUUUGGUAUCACCUGGCCCAGAUCAGCAAGGCCAGGGACAAGCAGGUACAGACCAGCGUGACCGUGCAUACUCUAUCCCAGAAUCUCGUGACCUAUUGUAUCCCGGCCCUCACGGCCCAGGCAUUCUGGGGGUAGAUCCGUACGUCCAGAUAGGUUUGGAUCCAAAACAAAUAUAUGCCUCGGACCAACCUGGAAUUUCUGUCUGGACUACUCCAAGCCAAGCAGCCGCCUUUGCCAGGAGCAUGGACUCUCUUAACCAUCUCUACCGAGUCUCAUCAGAAAAGAGUGAUUUCCAGAGCGAAAGACAUGAUUCACUGGAUAAAUUGGCUCCGAGCUUCCCCAUGGCAGUGGAAACAUUUCGUCUGAUGGGAGAGCUCAUUGGCCUCUAUGUAGAGCUCAAGGAGAACAUGAAAGAGCUGGAUGAGGAGCAGGAGGGCCAGACCGACUUGGAGAAGAUCCAGCACCUGCUCGGGCUCAUGGUCAAAAAGAGUAUACCCGCUGACCUGCAGGAACAGCUGAAGACCUUGAAGUCCUUGACCAAAGAAGUUUGGCAGGAAAAAGCAAAAAUGGACAGGAUACAGAGAAUCCUGGAGGGCACCGGAGAGCAAGAAAUAGGAAAAGAAAUGAAGAAUGGCCAGCUGAGCUUGCAGCUGGGAAUCCUCAGAGUUACCGUGGCUGACAUUGAGAAGGAACUGGCCGAGCUGAGGGAGAGCCAAGAGCGGGGCAAGGUCAGCAUGGAACAUUCAGUCUCCGAAGCCUCCCUCUACCUGCAGGACCAGCUUGACAAGCUCAGGACGGUCAUCGAGAGCAUGCUGGCCUCGUCUUCCACCCUGCUGUCCAUGAGCAUGGCUCCUCACAAGACCCUGUCAACCCUGGAACCUGGCCAGAUUGACCCUGAGGCCACCUGCCCCGCCUGCAGCCUGGACCUGAGCCAUCAGGUCAGCAUUCUGGUGCAGCGCUACGAGCAGCUCCAGGACAUGGUCAACAAUCUGGCAGCCUCCCGGCCUUCCAAGAAAGCCAAGCUCCAGAGCCAGGAUGAAGAGCUGCUGGGCCAUGUCCAGAGCGCCAUCCUGCAGGUACAGGGCGACUGUGAGAAGCUCAAUAUCACCACCAGCAACCUCAUCGAAGACCAUCGGCAGAAGCAGAAGGCCAUUGACGUACUGUACCAGGGUCUAGAGAAGCUCGAGAAGGAAAAGGCCAACAGGGAACACCUGGAGAUGGAGAUUGACGUGAAAGCUGAUAAGAGCGCCCUGGCGGCCAAAGUGAGCCGUGUCCAGUUUGAUGCCACCACGGAGCAGCUGAACCACAUGAUGCAGGAGCUGGUGGCUAAGAUGAGCGGGCAGGAGCAGGACUGGCAGAAGAUCCUGGACAAGCUCCUGGUGGAGAUGGACAGCAAGCUGGACCGCCUGGAGCUGGACCCCGUGAAGCAGUUGCUGGAAGAUCGCUGGAAGUCCUUGCGGCAGCAGCUCAAAGAGCGCUCUCCACUCUACCAGGCAGACGAGGCGGCGGCCAUGCGGAGGCAGCUCUUGGCACAUUUCCACUGCCUCUCUUGUGACCGUCCCUUGGAGACAGCUGUGACUGGACAAUUUAUCCCUGUGACUCCUGUGGGCCCAGCCCUGCCUGGGCACCGUUCCCUCCGCCCCUACACUAUCUUUGAGCUGGAGCAGGUCCGGCGGCAGAGCCGCAACCUAAAGCUGGGCAGUACUGCCUUCCCUCGGGGCGAGUUGGCGCAUAUAGAGCGGAGCGUGGGGCGCCUGCGCACCAUGCACUCCAAGAUGCUGAUGGACAUUGAGAAGGUGCAGAUCCACUUUGGAGGCUCGGUCAAGGCCAGCAGCCAGAUGAUCCGGGAGCUGCUGCAGGCACAGUGCCUGAGCUCCCCCUGCUACAAACGGGUGCCGGACACCGCCGACUACACGUACUCGAGCGUACCCCGGCGCUGUGGGGGCAGCCACACCCUCACCUACCCCUACCGCCGCACGCGCCUGCAGCACCUGUCCCAGGGCCUGUACCCCCCCGAGGAGGUCCAGAUCGCCAUGAAGCAUGAUGAGGUGGAUAUCUUGGGCCUGGAUGGACAUAUUUACAAGGGACGGAUGGAUACAAGGCUGCCAGGCAUCCUGACCAAAGACACCUCCGUCUCCGGGAUGACCAAGCACAAGGCCAAGCAGUCGCAGCCCCACGUGCACAGGCAGCAGUCCCUGAGCGACAACGGCCAGCUGCCCUCGCGGCCUCAGAGUGCUCGGAUGCUGGCGGGCAACAGUCCAGCUCCUCCUCGUCCGCGGAAAGACAGACCCUUGUCCUCCGAGGGGCACCUGGCCCAGCCCAACGCGGCCCACCCGCCCAGCCCCAGCGAGAUGGAGAUGCAGAUGGACUUGCCUCCCGGGGAGGGUCUCGAAGAGCCCACCCGGGGACCGCGGUCCACCACUGCUCAUUGACCAAAGUUAUUAAUAAAUGUGUGGG